UUGGUUUUGCAGAACCUGCCCUGCAGGCCACUAUGGACCCACAGGGACCAGCUUGGCCAGCUGAACUGUCAUCUCUGGGGCCAGCCAAACUCAGGGAAGGCUUGGCAGGAAAUUUAGCAAAUGCACACCUGUGCGGCUCAUUACCUCAGCCUCCGGCACACCUGUGCUGUUCUGCAGAGGGUGGAGCUGUUAGCUGGAGCUGCACCAGGCAGGAUGUGCUCCAGGGGGAAAUGGCUGUUUUCUUUUCUGAACUGGGCCCUUCUUUCAGAUCUGGGGCUUGGCCCCAGCCCGCAGGGAGCUGCAGCCAUGUGGAGGCGGGUGUGCCCAGCAGGAAACCGACAGGGAACAUCUCACGGUGCCUGCUCGCAUUCAGGGGAGGAAUUCCAUUCCUGUGUUCCGGGGUGGGACGCUACGGCCGCUCGCACGCUCCUGGACAAGAGUGCUACCGGCCCUUUACCAUGCAUGGGUGAUCGGCGCUGCCAGAGUGCAUGGGUGAGAGAGAGUCGAACGCAGCAAAUCCGUUCUGGAGUCCAUUGUUGCACCUGCCUUCUAGUCCAUUUGAACAUAGUUCCUGGGUCGGGCUCAACAGGCUACUCUCUGGCUUGACCAGUUUCACAGCUGUGCACCGGCUUGGCCUGCUUUCCUGCCCACCCUGCGACGGCAGGGCAGCGUCGCGCAGACAGCACCUCACGGUGGAAGAGUGCCCAGUCCAACAUCUGCAGGGCGUUCAGCAAUGCCUCGCUGCCCUUGGUCCAGAGGCUAUCUCCUGGUUACAGAAUCCGGUGUCUGCCUAGGAGAGAGUCUAGUCCAGUAUCCCCAUGCUUUACUUUUGGCCGACUCCCAGCAGAAGUCCUUAACCAACACGACAUUAAUCUCUCCACCAUAUUGAAGAUCUACAAGGCAGUGGUCCUGACAUCUCUCCGGUACGGUUCUGAGACACGGACUCUGUACAGUCAUCACAUUAAACAGCUUGAGCAAUUUCACAUGCGCUCCCUCUGCUCAAUCAUGCACAUUCGCUGGCAGGACAGAGUGGCCAAUAUUAAGGUCCUUGAAAGAGCAAACACUGCCAGCAUCGAGGAAAUGCUAUUGAGAGCACAACUCAGGUGGACCAGGCAUGUCAUCAGAAUGGAAGACCACCGCCUCCCAAAACAGAUCUGGUAUGGGGACCUGAGGCAGGCAAAAGAAAGAAGGGCCAUCCGUAUAAGCACUUCAAAGAGAAGUCUCCAGUGGGCUGGUGUCAAUCUCAAAGAAUUCAAGCAAACGGCUCAGAACAGGACUCACUGGCGGCCUCUGAUAAGAUCAGAGGUUCUAGCGCGAUCCACAAAAUCAUCUCCAAGCUGGGCAUGAAAGGUGCCACAGAGCUGCAUCAUCAAACAUCACGGACAGGGACUUCCCAUGCCCUCCAUGCGGCUGACUCUGUGCAUCAGGGUUCGGACUUCAGAGUCAUACCCAUAGUUGUAGAUGAGAAUUGUGACCAUGUUGGCACCAUUGUUGGCAAUGGACUACUACUUACUUAUAAUACAGUAGUGCCCAGAAGUCACAGUCACAUCCACUGUGCACAGAGCUGUACAAACAUGAAAUAAGCUAGUCGCUGGGUUUACAGACAAAGGCCCACAGUCCUGCUGUGGGUGGACCACAGAGCCCAGUGCAAGGCUGGGACCUGAGUCACUGGAGUAUUUUGAAGCUAUUAACUCACACGUGUCUAAUUCUUUUAAAUCCUUUUAAGUUGGCUUCCUUAACAAUCUAGUAGCAGUGAGUUCCACGGUCUGAUUGUGAAUUUUAAUAUUGGGGUUUUUUUAAGUGCAGGGGUUUUUAUAAAAAAACCCAGCGACUCUCCAGACACCCUGAAGAAGAUCGGAAAAGAAAGGACAGAAGCGAUCCCUGACUAGCGCAGGCUCAAAACAUAAUCCCUGCAGCCUGUGGCUGUUUCUAAGAGUGCUGCAGGUUGGCUCCCCUGGGUUAUUUCGUGGCCCAGCCGCACCAGCGAAUGAUAAAACUCCCCCUUUACAGGCGCGCUCAUGUCGGGGUUCUUAGCCCUGCCCCAUGUGCGGGACAAGUUUCAUCCCUGCGCUUUGCACCGGGGCCGGGCGCGCAGGGUCCUCGGCGCUGCAGCCGGGCUGGGGCGGAAUGGGAGGCCCGGCCUGGAGGAGGCAGGCACCUCCCGCCGCCCUAGGGGCCCUCUGAGCCCCCCGCGCUGGGGGCCUUAGACUCUUCCCAAGCGCCCGCCCCGCGCCCUCUCCCCGGCUGGCCACCGGGUAGCGCUGUGCGCCUCUCGGUCUCCCCGCCUCCCCCGGCUGAGGCUGCCCCCCUGCUCGCGGCUCUGCUGCUCCCAGAUCUCGGGCUCAGUCCGCGGCCAGCGAAAGGAGCGGCGGCAGCCCGGCGGAGAGCCCAGGGGCCGGGCGAGCGAGCCGGAGAGGCGAGAGCCGGGCAGCAGCGCACCCCAGGCGGCGGCAGGCAGGGGCGGAGCGCGCCCGCCUCCCCACCUCGCCUCCCUUCCCUCGGGCACCUCUCCGGGAGCGCGGGUGGCAGGAGGAAAAGCCCGAAGCCACCGGCCAUGGGGAUCGCUCCGCUGGCGGGCUAAGGAGGGGGCCAAGGGGGAGCGCCCCCCCUCCCCCCAUCGGAUCCCAGCCCCCCCCUUCCGUCCCCCCAAAACUUUUCUGGCUGGAUGCGGAGCGCGGAUUUCGCCAGGAGUGGAUAAAACGGCCGCGACCCCCGCGCGUCAGUGGUGGGGGGCUCCCCACGCGCCGGGGCUUUGCCAUCUUGGGGCGCCCUGCGAAGCGGGUGGGGGGGCCUUGUGCUUCCCCCGUUGGAGCAACCGGGGCGGGGGAGAUCCCCGCGGUGCUGAGCCCCGGUCCAAGGCGGGACCCCGUGCGGACAAGUCAAGGCAGGGCUACGUGUCCAGACCCCCCUCUGGAACUGGGAGCGGAGCCUUUCUCGCCCGGCGGCUGGGGCGGCGCCGGCUGCGGGCCGAGGGCAGCGCGGAUGGGCGAUUUCCCCUGAGAUCUUCCCCCGGGGGUCGGCGGCUGUUUUUCGGGGCGCCACGGGGCGCGUCUGUCUGCUUGCCGCAGCCAGCGAGACUUUGCACGGGCAGGAGGAGCAGCCCGAGCCGGCGGCGCGGACUGGGGAAAGGAUUAUAAAAGUCGGGGAAAGUUCCCUUCCAAACCCCCCGGACCAUGGCAGGGGGCGGCCGCUGGCAGCCCCUGCUCUGCAUCCUCCUCGCUCUCCAGGGGACCCCCGGCGCCGGGGCUCAAGAUGACGUUUCGCCGUAUUUCAAAACGGAGCCGGUCCGGAGCCAGGUCCACCUGGAAGGGAACCGCUUGGUCCUGACCUGCAUGGCCGAGGGCAGCUGGCCCCUGGAGUUCAAGUGGCUUCACAACAACAAGGAGCUGACCAAGUUCUCUCUGGAAUACAGGUACAUGAUCACGUCACUGGACCGCACCCAUGCCGGCGUCUACCGCUGCGUCGUCCGCAAUCGGAUGGGGGCCCUCUUGCAAAGGCAGACGGAAGUCCAGGUGGCAUACAUGGGCAGCUUCGAGGAGAGUGAGACGCACCAGAGUGUGUCCCAUGGUGAAGCGGCCGUCAUCCACGCCCCCCGCAUCGCCAGCUUCCCACAGCCCCAGGUCACCUGGUUCCGGGACGGCCGGAAAAUCCCCCCCAGCAGCCGCAUAGCCAUCACGCUGGAGAACACCCUGGUCAUCCUGUCGACGGUGGCACCCGACGCAGGCCGGUACUACGUGCAGGCCGUGAAUGACAAGAACGGGGAUAACAAAACCAGCCAGCCCAUCACUCUCACCGUGGAGAAUGUCGGCGGCCCGGCCGAUCCCAUCGCUCCCACCAUCAUCAUCCCGCCCAGGAACACCAGCGUGGUGGCCGGCACCUCGGAAGUGACCAUGGAGUGCGUGGCCAACGCCAGGCCGCUGAUGAAGCUGCACAUCGUCUGGAAGAAGGACGGGGAGCCGCUGUCCAGUGGGCUCAGCGACUACAACCGCCGGCUCACCAUCCUCAACCCCACGCUGGGCGACAGUGGGUACUACGAGUGCGAGGCCGUGCUGCGCAGCAGCAGCGUGCCCGCCGUGGCCGAGGGGGCCUUCCUCGCCGUGCUGGAGCCACCCCAAUUUAUCCAGGAACCGGAGAGGCACGUCACGGCCGAGAUGGAGAAGGUGGUGACCAUCCCUUGCCAGGCCAAAGGCGUCCCGCCGCCAGCCAUGGCCUGGUACAAGGACGCGGCCCUGGUGCACGUGGAGAAGCUCUCACGGUUCCGGCUGCUGGGCGACGGGAGCUUGCAGAUCAGCGGGCUGGUGCCCGAUGACACCGGCAUGUUCCAGUGCUUCGCCCGCAACGCCGCCGGCGAGGUGCAGACCUCCACGUACCUGGCAGUGACCAGCAUCGCUCCCAACAUCACCAAGGGCCCCCUGGACAGCACUGUGAUUGAUGGCAUGUCCGUGGUUCUCAGCUGCGAGACCUCGGGGGCACCGAGGCCGGCCAUCACCUGGCAGAAAGGGGAGCGGAUCCUGGCCAGCGGCUCGGUGCAGCUGCCACGCUUCACCCUGCUGGAGUCGGGCAGCCUCCUCGUCAGCCCCACGCACAUCGCCGACGCCGGCAGCUACACCUGCUUGGCCACCAACUCCCGUGGGGUGGACGAGGCCUCUGCGGACCUUGUUGUAUGGGCCCGCACCCGCAUCACCAGCCCCCCUCAGGACCAGAGCGUCAUCAAGGGAACAAAAGCCUCCAUGAGCUGCGGCGUCAGCCACGACCCCAGCGUGACCGUCAGGUAUCUUUGGGAGAAGGACGGCGCGCCUGUGAGCGUGGACGGCAUCCCGCGGCUCCGGCUGGACGAGGAGGGCACCCUGCACAUCUCCCAGACCUGGUCCGGGGACAUCGGCACCUACACCUGCCGAGUCCUCUCCGCCGGGGGCAACGACUCCCGCAGCGCCCACCUGCGUGUCAGGCAGCUCCCCCAUGCCCCGGAGAACCCGGUGGCCGUGCUGAGCCCGCUGGAGAAGCGCGCUAUCAACCUGACAUGGGCCAAGCCCUUCGACGGGAACAGCCCCUUGCUGCACUACAUCCUCGAGGUCUCCGAGAACAACGCCCCCUGGACCACCCUCAUGGCCAGCGUUGACCCCAAGGUGACCUCCGUGGUGGUGCAAGGCCUGGUGCCCGCUCGCUCCUACCAGUUCCGCCUCUGCGCUGCCAAUGACGUGGGCAAAGGGCAGUUCAGCAAGGACACCGAGAGGGUGUCCCUGCCGGAGGAGCCCCCCACCGCGCCCCCCCAGAACGUCAUCGCCAGCGGCAGGACCAACCAGUCCAUCAUGAUCCAGUGGCAGCCGCCUCCCGAGAGCCACCAGAAUGGCAUCUUGAAAGGCUACCUCAUCAGGUUCUGCCUGGCCGGCCUGCCCGUUGGCUAUCAGUUCAAGAACAUCACCAAUGCCGAGGUCAACAACCUGCUCCUGGAGGAUCUCAUCAUCUGGACCAACUACGAGAUCGAGGUGGCAGCGUACAACAGCGCCGGCCUGGGGGUCUACAGCGCCAGGGUGACCGAGUGGACCCUGCAGGGAGUUCCCACCGUGCCCCCGGGCAACGUUCAGGCCGAGGCCACAAACGCCACCACCAUCCGCUUCACCUGGAACCCGCCCAGCCCCCAGUUCAUAAAUGGCAUCAACCAGGGAUACAAGCUGAUCGCGUGGGAGCCGGAGCAGGAGGAGGAGGUGACAGUGGUGACGGUGAGGCCCAACUUCCAGGACAGCAUCCACGUGGGCUACAUCGGAGGCCUGAAGAAGUUCACGGAGUACUUCACCUCGGUGGUGUGCUUCACCACGCCGGGGGACGGCCCGCGCAGCCCGCCGCAGCUGGUGCGCACCCACGAGGACGCACCUGGCCCCGUGGGGCACCUCAGCUUCAGCGACAUCCUGGACACGUCGCUGAAGGUCAGCUGGCAGGAGCCCCUGGAGAAGAACGGCAUCCUGACCGGCUACCGGAUCUCCUGGGAGGAGUACAACCGCACCAACACGCGGGUGACGCACUACCUGCCCAACGUCACCCUGGAGUACCGCGUCACCGGCCUCACCGCCCUCACCACCUACACCAUCGAGGUGGCCGCCAUGACGUCCAAGGGGCAGGGCCAGGUGUCCUCCUCCACCAUCUCCUCCGGGGUGCCUCCAGAGCUCCCCGGCGCGCCGACCAAUCUGGGCAUCUCCAACAUCGGCCCGCGCUCCGUGACGCUCCAGUUCAGGCCGGGCUACGACGGGAAGACCUCCAUUUCCCGCUGGCUGGUGGAAGCUCAGGUGGGUCAGAUCGGCGAGAACGAGGAGUGGGAGCUCAUUCACCAGCUGGCCAACGACCCCGACGCCCGCUCCAUGGAGGUGCCCAACCUCCACCCCUACAUGUACUACAGCUUCCGCCUCCGGCAGGUGAACAUCGUGGGCACCAGCCCGCCCAGCGUGCCCUCCAGGAGGAUGCAGACCCUGCAGGCUCCCCCGGACGUGGCGCCCGCCAACGUCACCCUGCGGACGGCCAGCGAGACCAGCCUGUGGUUGCGCUGGAUGCCGCUCCCGGAGCUGGAGUACAACGGGAACCCGGAGUCGGUGGGCUACAAGCUGCGGUACACGCGGGCGGACGGGCGGGGCAGGACGGUGGUGCACGUGAUCCACGACCGGGUGGAGCGGGAGUUCACCAUCGAGGACCUGGAGGAGUGGACGGAGUACCGCGUGCAGGUCCAGGCCUUCAACGCCAUCGGGGCCGGGCCCUGGAGCCACGUCGUGCUGGGACGCACCAGGGAGUCAGUCCCCUCGUCCGGCCCCACCAACGUGUCCGCGCUGGCCACCACCUCCAGCAGCAUGCUGGUCCGAUGGAACGAGAUCCCCGAGGCGGAUCGCAACGGGCUCAUCCUGGGCUACAAGGUCGUGUACAAGGAGAAGGACUCGGACGCGCGGGCCCGGUUCUGGCCGGCCGAGGGGAACGCCUCCCGCAGCGCCCAGCUUGCGGGCCUGGGCAAGUACGUGCUGUACGAGAUCCGCGUGCUGGCCUUCACCCGGGUCGGGGACGGCGCGCCCAGCUCCCCACCCAUCCUGGAGAGGACUCUGGACGACGUGCCCGGGCCCCCGGUGGGCAUCCUCUUCCCAGAAGUGAGGACCACUUCAGUCCGGCUGAUCUGGCAGCCCCCAGCCGCGCCUAACGGCAUCAUUCUAGCGUACCAGAUCACCCACCGCCUGAACACCACCAGCGCCAACGCUGCCACCGUGGAGGUGCUCAACCCCAGCGCCCGCCAGUACACGGCCGCCGGCCUGCAGCCGGAGUCAACCUACCUCUUCCGCAUCACGGCGCAGACCCGCAAAGGCUGGGGCGAGGCGGCCGAGGCGCUGGUGGUGACCACCGAGAAGAGAGACCGCCCGCAGCCCCCCAGCAAGCCCGUGGUGCAGCAGGAGGACGUGAAGGCCUGCAGUGUGCUCUUGUGCUGGGAGCCGGGCAGCGACGGCCUCUCGCCGGUCCGGUACUACACCGUGCAGACCCGCGAGCUGCCGGCUGGCGAGUGGACACUGCACUCCGCCUCCGUCAGCCACAACGCCACCUCCUUCGUCGUGGACAGGUUGAAGCCCUUCACCUCCUACAAGUUCCGCAUCAAGGCGACCAACGACAUCGGGGACAGCGAAUACAGCCAAGAGUCGGAGUCACUCACCACCUUGCAGGCCGCCCCAGAGGAAGCCCCCACCAUCCUCUCGGUCAUGCCUCACACCACCACCUCCGUCCUCAUCCGCUGGCAGCCCCCCACCGAGGACAAGAUCAACGGGAUCCUGCUGGGCUUCCGGAUCCGCUACCGGGAGCUGGUCUACGACGGGCUGCGCGGCUUCACCACGCGCAGCGUCAGCAGCCCCGGCGCCAAGUGGACGGAGCUCACCCGGUACGCCGUGCGGAACCUGACCGGAGCCGGCCUCACGCACCACGAACUGGACAAUCUGAGCAAGCACAGGCGUUACGAGAUCCGCAUGAGCGUGUACAAUGCCGCGGGCGAGGGGCCCUCCAGCCCCCCCCAGGAGGUCUUCGUGGGCGAGGCGGUGCCCACCGCCCCGCCGCAGAACGUGGCCGUUCAGACCACCACGGCCACCCAGCUGGACGUCACGUGGGAGCCGCCCCCCCUGGAGGCGCAGAACGGAGACAUCCAGGGCUAUAAGAUCUAUUUCUGGGAGGCCCAGCGCCAGAAUGGCACGGAGCGGGUGAAGACGCUCUUCCUGCCCGAGAAUGGGGCCAAGCUGAAGAACCUCACGGGAUACACCUCAUACCUGAUCACCGUCUUGGCCUUCAACGCCGCCGGGGACGGGCCCCGCAGCGUCCUCGUCAGGGGCAGGACGCAGCAGGCAGCCCCCAGCGCCCCCAGCACCAUCAGGUUCAGCGAGCUGACCACCACCUCGGUGAACGUCUCCUGGGAGCCGCCUCUGCUGCCCAAUGGCAUCCUGGAAGGGUACAGGCUGGUCUAUGAGCCCUGCACGCCUGUGGAUGGCGUGAGUAAGAUCGUGACGGUGGACGUGAAGGGGAACAGCCCCCUGUGGAUGAAGGUGAAGGACCUGGCGGAGGGCGUGACAUACAGGUUCCGGAUCCGGGCCAAAACCUUCGCCUACGGGCCCGAGAUCGAGGCCAAUGUCACCACGGGGCCGGGGGAAGGUGCCCCCGGGCCACCGGGCGAGCCCUUCAUCUCCCGGUAUGGCUCAGCCAUCACUAUCCACUGGGCGAAUGGGGAUCCCGGCAAGGGGCCCAUCACCCGAUCCGUCAUCGAGGCCCGGCCCUCAGACGAGGGGCUGUGGGACAUCCUUAUCAAGGACAUCCCCAGGGAGGUGACCUCCUACACCUUCAGCAUGGACAUCCUGAAGCAGGGGGUCAGCUACGACUUCCGGGUCAUCGCCGUCAACGACUACGGCUACGGGACACCCAGUGCACCCUCCCCCUCCGUCUCAGCCCAGAAAGCCAACCCCUUCUACGAGGAGUGGUGGUUCCUGGUGGUCAUCGCCUUGGUCGGGCUCAUCUUCAUCCUCCUGCUGGUCUUCGUCCUCAUCAUCCGCGGGCAGAGCAAGAAGUAUGCCAAGAAGUCAGACGCAGGGAACAACUCCAAGGCGAACGCACUGAGCCACGGCGAGAUGGUGAGUCUGGACGAGGGCAGCUUCCCGGCCCUGGAGCUCAACAACCGGCGCCUCUCCGUCAAGAACUCCUUCUGCAGGAAGAACGGCAUCUACACCAGAGCUUCCGUGUCCCUGCCGAGGUCCCCGCCGCGGCCCAGCCCCGGGAGCCUGCAUUACUCCGACGAGGAUGUCACCAAGUACAACGACCUCAUCCCGGCCGAGAGCAGCAGCCUGACGGAGAAGCCCUCCGAGAUCUCCGACUCCCAGGGGAGCGACAGCGAGUACGAAGUGGAUCAGAACCACCAGAAGGCCCACUCCUUCGUCAACCACUACAUCAGCGACCCGACUUACUACAACUCCUGGCGGCGCCAGCAGAAGGGCAUCUCACGGGCCCCGGCCUACAGCUACACGGAGAGCGAGUCCGGCGACCCCGACCACUGCCCCUUGGCCAACAGCACCAGCACCCAGCAAGGCAGCCUCUUCCGGCCCAAAGUCAGUAGGACUCCAACCCCCCAGACGCCCGUCAACCCCCCCAGCCAACAGAGCACCCUGUACCGCCCCCCCAGCAGCCUGGCUCCGGGCUCUCGAGCCCCCAUAGCGGGAUUUUCUUCUUUUGUUUGAUGGUUUCAAAAGAAAUAAAGAAAAGCGAAAAAGGACGAAAAAUCCCAAACCCACGUCUACGUCCAGAGUUAUUUUUUCCGAGGCGAAGGAGACACCCCGGCAGGGCGAGCCCAGCGCCGGCCGGGGAGAGACACGCGGACCCAGUUCGGAUUCUAAUCCUUCGCUGCUUCCAGAGGCGCAUGGAGCCCUGUAGAAGAGGAACCCCUUGAAAGGACCUUUGCAAAAGUUUGCAGGGCCACGAGUCUGUCUGGAGGGGCCUUCUCUUCUCUUUGAGGCUGAGGCGCGGAGAGGAAAUUCACGGGGGAAAGGACGGCAGCUGGUGGGCUCCCGGCCGACGCUGGGGUCUCCGCACGGCGCUGGCUCCUUGCAGGCGGGUUUCCUCAAGGGCCUUUGCUGGCAGGACAAACCCACCCCUUUUUGGCCAAAGCUUUCUUUGUGUGACCCCUGAGCGGCCAGCCGGCUAGCGGCAACCCGCGGCGUCCACAGGAGCGGGGUGUGGAAAUGCCAUUGGCCAGCGUGGUCGCACAAGACUUCAAGCAGCGAGCCCACGCUAGCGACCAAGGGUGUCCUCGGCCCAGCACCGCAGAGCCUGACAUGGGAUGGGAACGGUGCAGCUCUUCUGCUCAGCGUUAGGUGGCAAUCAUGCCCGCGGGCCCUUGCUUCCCAGUGGGCUGCGGAUGUGCCCAGUGAUGGCCCGUAUGCUGGACAUGGGACCCGCUUUGCCAGGCUGCCCGCUCGGCUCGCCAGUCCCUCCUCUGCCAGUCUCCUCUCCUGUCUCCCCGUGCCGCACCGUGUCAGAGAGUGGAAAAGUGGCAGACCAAAACACAAAGCCCGUAUGCAGCCAUUUGGUUUGCGGCAUUGGGACGGGAUGGGGGAGUGGAGAGUGGAUUUUGUGGGGACAAGAACCCUGGAGUUGUGAUCAAUUUACUUGAAUCCUUCUGGAGGAGACAUCCCCCUCCCAGCCCCCCUAUCCCUGGUGAGAAGCGCUGCCCACUGGGGAGGGGUCCUCUGCAGCGGAAGUGCGCCACGGGGCAGCUCAGCACGGGGGCAUCGCUUAUCGGCACUGACAUUCGCUUUGGGACAGCAAUUCAUUUCUUCCUUCCUUGGCCCCAUCCUGGAGAGGGGGAGGGAAAGGAAAAUUCCCUGGGCCCCGGGAUGGUUGCGGGGUGAGAUGUACACUCCACCCACAAUGUGGUCCUCUCCCCCUGGCUUGUGACAGACGCCACCCCUUUAACUCCAGCAAAACAGAAGGGGCGGGGGGCAGGGCUCUGCUGGCAUGAUGGAUUGGCAGCUGCAGCCUUGAUUUUGUGUUCUGGUUUAGUGCCCAGGUUUGGUGGGGGAUGCGAGGGGAGGGGGCCAGAAUCGAGAUGAGGGGGAUCGGUGGUGGUGGUUGUUUCCAGCAUCGCAAAACACACACAGUGCCUACUCGUCAGCUGGAUGCCAAACUCCUCAGCCGUGUUCCCUUCCAUGCAGGGUGCACAGUGCAAGCUGGAGGAUCCAGCUGUCCCCCACUGUGUCCCCGUCCCUCUGCGGAGGGGGUCCGGAGCUGUCACCAUGGUGAUGUAGCUCCAUCCAUGACGCCCCACCUGCUCUCGCCCGUAUUUGCACAUCUCUGUCCAGUCUGGUUGGCGGAGGAUUGAGCCUUGUGCGUGGGGUCCCUUUAAUAAAGAAUCAAAAG